AGUGACGAGUUGACCCUGGAGGGCAUCAAGCAGUUCUUUGUGGCUGUGGAGAGAGAGGAGUGGAAGUUUGACACUCUGUGUGAUCUGUAUGACACGCUGACCAUCACUCAGGCCGUCAUCUUCUGCAACACCAAGAGGAAGGUGGACUGGCUGACGGAGAAGAUGAGGGAGGCCAACUUCACAGUGUCCUCAAUGCACGGAGACAUGCCUCAGAAGGAGAGGGAGUCCAUCAUGAAGGAGUUCAGAUCAGGAGCCAGCCGCGUGUUGAUCUCCACGGACGUUUGGGCUCGAGGGUUAGAUGUCCCCCAAGUCUCCCUGAUCAUCAACUACGACCUGCCCAACAACAGAGAGCUCUACAUCCACAGGAUUGGUCGGUCUGGUCGUUAUGGGCGUAAGGGCGUGGCCAUCAACUUUGUGAAGAAUGAUGACAUCAGGAUCUUGCGGGACAUCGAGCAGUACUACUCCACCCAGAUUGACGAGAUGCCCAUGAAUGUGGCUGAUCUGAUCUGACCUGGAUGACAUCCCAGCGGAGCCCCACCCUUCUGACUUCCUGUCUUUGUUUUUGUUUUUAUUAAUUUUAGAGUGUUUUUCUUACUUUGUUGAGGUGAAAACAACUGUACGACUCAUUUUGUUUUUGUAAAUAAAGUUGUUUUGGUUCCA